AUGCCACAAACCGCCACCUGGGGAAGACUCGAGGACGAGCGCCUUCCAAAUGUGGCCUUCACCAGACAUCCGGAGAAGGCCCUGCGACAUCAACAGUUGCCCAGUUUUCUCCAUCAGUACAAAGUACUUCUGUGGAAGAGCUUCCUCAUUCGUCGUCGGCAACCUCUACAGCUGGCGGCAGAGAUCAUCACGCCCCUGCUGUUCAUCAUCGUUCUCGCCUGUCUGCGAUCAUCUGCGUCCACCACGGUAAAUCCAAGUUGCUAUGUCGGAGCUCAGGCACUGCCGAGCAUGGGAUUUCUGUCUCACCUCCAGUCCACUAUAUGCAACUUUAAUUACACUUGUCAUCCUUGGAGUCACGAGGAGGAAGUGAGACCUCCGGUGUUUUGGAUCUGGGAGUACUUCAUUUCUUCAAUGAACUCAAGCUCAUCUCUCCAACCUAUUGGUGAGCUCCUACACAAGCUGCUCGAAACGCACUUUAACCUGUCAUCGUCGUCAAGUGCUACAACUGCGCAAACAGACUUGCCUCGCUCACUGCUCGACGCCCUCCAUAUGGGGCUCAGCAAGAUAGAACAGGUCAGUUGCAUCAAAGCUAAUGCGGAACUCCUACCUCCACUGCUGGGCGACUUGCGAAGCACUCUUAUCACUGGCUUCUGCAAGCUUCCAGAGAUUGGUCGUCAGUCAGUGCUGAAGAGUCUUCGGGAUUUAGUCCAGGACAAAAUUCCUGAUGACUUCGUCAACCUUCUUGGUCCCGCUCUGCACAGCAUAGACCUAAUCAAGAACUUCACUGAGGGCCACACAUACCAGGCUCAGCUGGAAAACGGUCUCCUACACAUGGCGGAACUGAUGAGCAAGGCCUCUGUCCUCUUUUGUGGCAGCGAUCCCCAUAGGAACAAUUUCCUCACUUUGCCGGUCUUUUUGAGUGCGCUGGGUGGUGCCGCCGCCAUUCUACCCAAGGGUGUGCCCAACGGUGACGCCUGUUCGGUUCUGAACCAGGUAUUUCGCCAUCCGCAGGCGCGGCCUUGGAUGGAGCGUCUGAGGAGUCUCCUACAGGGUCGCGUACUCUACUAUCCCAAGACACCCUUUACGGAUGCAGUGAUUGCUCGAGCCAAUCAAAGUGCCCAAAUGUUCGCUCGACUGAAGCAACUUUCGGAUCAAUGGAUGAGUCUACGUGGCGAUCUUCUCCCGAGUAUGUUGUAUAAAAGUACCUUAGCACAAACGCUUCGGAGUCUGGGACUGGUGUGCAUUACUCGUGCCAACAUCUCCCCCACUUUGAGAGGACAAUGCCGACGAAUAGUUGACUUCCUACUCGAAAGGAAGACCCCUAUUCUCAGCGAAAACUGGUCUGACCUUAUUGCGCCGCUCAACAAACUUUCUGAUCUUUUGCAUAACUUGCUGAAUACAUGCGUUCGCUACGACAGAUUCCUGGGUUUUACGGAUGAGAAGCACCUGCAGAGGGAGUUGGAUCAGGUCCUAACGGACCCUGACCCCGUCAUAUUGGUAAUAUUCGACAAAGUACCUACCAACUCCUCCUUCUCCAACUCUGCCACACGAUCACUCUCAUCAAGUCUCCUCUCUCUUCGAUUUCGCCUACCGGCCCGAGUUACUGACGCGACUUUCCGGUUCAAGGUCUUGGACAAUUACUGGAAGCCGGAUCCUCGAAAUGAGGUUCGAGACUCCAUGAAGUACUUCACCAGCGGAUUCAUUGACCUCCAGGAUCAGAUUGAGCGCGCCUAUAUAUCUCUGUUGACUGGCUAUCCGGACAUGACUGGACCGGAAGCAAAGCCGUCCUCAAACCUCCUUCUGCCCACAGAGAUGCAACUUAUGCCAAAUCCCUGCUACAGGAGUGAUCCAAUGCUUAGGAUCAUAGUACGCAAUCUGGACUGCAUUAUUUGCAUUGUCUGGAUAUGCACAUCCAUGUUUGCAGUACGUGCCGUUGUCUACGAGAAGGAGCUGCGUCUCAAGGAGUUCACCAAGGUUCUUGGACUCGGCAACUUUGUGCACUGGCUCAACUGGUUCACAGUCACCCUUGCUGUGGUCUGGAUUCCCACUCUGCUGGUGACAAUUCUGCUUAAAUUUGGAGGCAUCUGUCCGAGCUCCGACUUCAGCCUUCUGCUUGUCUUUCUCUUGGCCUUCCUCUGGGCUCUCAUUCCGCAGGCCUUCCUCGUGUCUGUCUUUUUCACUCAGGCCAACUUUGCAGCCAUAGCCACCGGUCUCAUCUACUUCCUACUGUUUGUUCCCUACGUCCUGGUCUUCCUCUACGACCUCAGCGGCCUCCAGAUUGGUCUGAUGUCGCUGUCCCCGCAGGUGGCUGCCGCGCUGUCUUUCUCACGCAUUGGCAAUCUGGAGAAUACGGGCAUGGGUGCAACUUGGGAGGGCCUUAACGGCGGUCGCUUCACCAACGAUCCCUUCAAUCUAGGUCAGUGUCUGGGUAUGCUUGCACUGGACGGCCUUCUAGCCUGGUUGUGUCUGCUCUAUCUGGAGGCAGUCCUGCCGAGUACUUAUGGUCUCUCAAAAGCCUGGUACUUUCCCUGCACCCGCAAUUUUUGGCGUCCGGUGGCGAAACUUCUACCUCGGCGUAAGUCGGACCUGGAAGUCGAGAGUGCGAUGGUGCAGGAUGACUUCAGCGGCGGCAGGUCCUUCAACGAGGCAGACGGCACGCUCUGUGAGCCGAGAGCAGAGGGUCAGAAGGUGGGGGUGUCUGUGCGUGGUCUGACAAAAAGAUAUGUGGGCAGUCAGCAGGCCGCGGUGAACAAUCUCUGGGUGGAUUUUUACGAGGGCCAGAUCACCUCCUUCCUCGGACACAACGGAGCUGGCAAGACCUCCACCAUCUGCCUUCUCACCGGCAUCUAUCGACCAACCGCCGGUACGGCUCACAUAUACGGACGUGACAUCACCGAGAGCAUGGAUGACAUUCGCACCUUCCUGGGCUUGUGUCCGCAACACAACAUUCUCUUUGACUAUCUCACCGUGGAGGAACAUCUGCGCUUCUAUGCCUACAUCAAGGGUAUGCGAGAGAAGGAGAUGCGGGCGGAGAUUGAUGUCUUUCUGGGUCGGUUGGAGCUACGCGAGAAGGCGCACGAAUACGCUAAGAACCUUUCUGGCGGCCAGAAGAGACGCCUCUCCCUGGCGGCGGCCUUCAUUGGGGGCUCCAAAAUUGUCUUUCUGGACGAACCCACGGCGGGAGUGGAUCCGCACUCUCGGCGCGCCAUUUGGCAGCUGAUCCUGCAUUUUCGCGAGUCGCGCACCAUAAUCCUGACAACGCACCACAUGGACGAAGCGGACGCCCUUGGCGAUCGUAUAGUCAUCAUCUCCCAGGGCCGCGCCAAGGCUUCCGGUUCAAGUCUCUUCCUAAAAAGUCACCUAGCCCGUUCAUACUACUUAAUAAUAGAGAAAACGCGGGCAGUUCAACUUGGUGAGGAUACGGAGUAUGCCGAUGAGAGGUUGGCCAAGGCUCUGGUGGCUCAACUUCCGGGUACCCAGUUGCAAACUUCCAGUCCCACCGAGUGGAUCUUCACUCUGCCAGCUGUUGGAGCCAUCAAUGGUGGGUUUGUGGACUUUUUCGCCUACCUGGAAUCUAAUAGGGAGGCACUGAAACGACACUAUGGUGUUCAACAGUAUGGACUCUCCGAUACCAGCCUAGAGGAGAUCUUUCUCCUCCUUGCAGACGAUCCCAACACCAACAGUUUCGCUCCCUCCGCGCAGUCCCAGGUGCGCAGUCGGUUGGGACAUUUGAAGUUGUCCUUCUGGCUGUGUCGUCGACAAUCUGCCGCCCUUGAGUACGCGGACGAGGAUCUAGAUGUAGACUCUGUGGAUGACGUUUUCACAGCACCAGCAGCAGUAGCAGCAGGUGGCUCUCCACCAACGGCUAGUCGAGAAGCCACCUUUGUGAGCACCAGAACGCAAACAGAAGUUGUCCUAAAUGACCCACCCACGCAACUUUAUCGUGGCUGUUGCCUCUAUCUUCAACAGGCCAAGGCCCUCCUCAGUGCCCGCUUCCUUUACAGCCAGCGAAGCGUGCGCGGCUGGUUUCUGGAGAUUGUCUUACCAGCUCUCACCUUGGUCAUUUUGAUGGGCAUCCUUACUAAUUACAACAUUCAGAUCACUCAACCUGCUAUGCCCCUCCAUCCCUGGCUCAUGGCAGAUAUCCGGAAUAAGCCCAAGUUGAGGACUUUCUUUGAAACAAACAUUGAGGAGUCGUUCGCGCCCAGGACGGAUGCAGAUCGGCAGGUCCUGGAGGACAUUCGUCUGGUAGCUGAUCGCUACGCAGCCGAGAUGCUUGCUCGCAGCGGAUGGACGGGCACUCGCUGUCUUCCCCCCAGCGUCUAUGAUUUCGAGCCAAAAAAGUUUGCUUGGUGUCGCGACGACUACACUCCGCCAACUCAAACUCUCCUGCUUACACCGACUGAAAUGAGAUCCGUAAGAGCCUCAGUGAACGUAUCCUGUGAAUGCGGUCAGCGACUUCCUACUCGCUGCCACCUCAAUGCAAUUGGAGGCUUCCAACCACCUGGAUGGCACCUUGCUUCCACUGAUGUUCUAUACAAUCUCACUGGUUACAAUUUAACCGAUUACCUGACGAAAACACACGCCGAAACCAUUAUGAGACGCUAUGGCGGUUUAAGCAUCGUGAUGGCCAGAAAUGCAGCUGGUCUGAUGGAGACUCAUAGGCGUCUCACAGACCGCGAACGUAUCCGCACUCUCCUAGAGGGCGCCUUUGGGCACACGGGCGUCACAGCCUUCGGACUCCAAUUGGCCGAAUUCCUCGCUCUCAACCUACCGCCCACGCAUUUUGCGCGCAUUUGGUAUAACAACAAGGGUUACGCCUCCUCCGUGGCCUACCUCAACACCCUCCACAAUCUUCAGCUGCGAAUGCUUCUACCAAACGAGACGCUCAAGUCAGUGCCAGGCCUGUUCCCACCGGAGCGGGACGCCUUCGGAAUGGCCAUCGCGACGCAUCCAUUUCCGCAUAAUACAGCAAUUCGUAAUUUUCUGAAAAUGCGGUUUCUCAUUGUGGGUGUCUUUAAGGCGCUAGGCACCAUUCUGGCCCUAUCCUUCGUGCCUGCCAGCUUCACACUGUACCUGAUCGAUGAACGCAGCAGUGGUGCCAAAGCCCUCCAACUCCUCUCCGGUCAGAGUCGCCUAGUCUACUGGGCAGUGGCCUAUCUAUGGGAUUUCGGCAAUUUCCUCGUAUCUGUGGCCAUAGUUACUAUGGUGUUUGUCGCCUUUGACGAGCAGGCCUUCAUCGGAAGUGCUCAUGUGGGUGGCUUCCUGCUUCUACUCAUCCAAUACGGACUCUGCAUCAUCCCGCUGAUGUACCUGCUUUCAUUUCUGUUUCGCGUGCGUAGUAUGGCUUUCGUUUUCCUGAUGGCCUUCAACCUCGUGCUCGGUGUUAUGACAACCCUACUGACCUUUGUGUUGGACUACAUGGAGCGGCAGGAGGCGGGAAUGGAGGCGGUUAAUAAGAUGCUAAAAAUGGUCUUCCUGAUCUUCCCACAGUUUUCCUUUGGUCGAGGAUUCUAUGAGCUGGCGAAGAGACAUAUGAUUAUCUCGAUGGGAAUAGACGUCCUCAAGCCGGGAGAGCUGUACUCGUGGGAUCUGCUGGGAUCAAAAUUGAUGAGUUUGACCAUCGAGACGGUUCUUUUCUUGGCGUUACUUCUGCUUGUUGAAUAUGCCCACGUCGUGUGCAAAUGCUGCGCGUCAUCAAGGCCCUCUUGGCAGUCCGUUGUGGGUUCAGUGGAUCCAGAUGUCAGAGAGGAGGAGUUGCGGGUUUUGCAGGUAAGUGACUGA